AUGGAUAAAGAAACAUAUAAAAAUAAAAUGUUAUCCCUUCUGAACGAUAGAUGCACGUACAAUAUAAUUAAAAAAGACCCCACAAAAAACUUAUUGGAGGUCUCCACGAAUUGCUCGCAAGGUGGAAAAAAUUUAAAUAUACCUAUAGAUGAGACUACCUAUAAAAGAUGUAACUUUACGGAUGGUGCCCUACCAAGAGCCUAUGGAUUGCCAAAGAUACAUAAGAUAGGUUACCCUCUACGGAUUAUCGUUUCUUCCGUCAAUACUCCACUUUAUGCGUUUGCCACCUGUUUACAUAAAAUCAUUAACUCUGCAGUUCCUAAACCCAAUAGCCAUGUAAUGAACAGUUUCGAAUUGAUUAACAAAUUAAACGGACUCCACGUAGACCAAGAGUACGAUAUCAUUUCAUUAGAUGUGAUAUCACUCUUUACUAAUGUACCGAUAGAAUUAGCUGAAGAAAGUAUAUUAAAACGGGGGCAUCACAUAGGUUUCAAAUGCACAAUUCCAUGUGACGAAUUCUUGUUGGCUAUUCGGUUUGUAUUAAAUUCCACAUUUUUUUCUUUUGACAAAACAUUUUACCAACAUUUUGCCUUUGGCACACCCAUGGGCUCUCCACUAUCACCGAUUAUAGCGGACAUUACUAUGCAGGACCUCGAGAUUAAAGCACUUGAAGCCCUGACGUUUGUUCCACCUUUUUACGUCAGAUAUGUGGACGACAUCGCGAUGUCGGUUCCUUCUUCACAAAAAACUUCCACACUCGAGACAUUUAAUUCUCUCCACAGUAGAAUACAAUUUACUUUAGAAGAAGGAACCGACAAACACUUGAAUUUUCUCGACACCACUAUCAUUGUUAGAGACGACACGAUUGAAUUCGAUUGGUACCACAAACCGACGUUUUCUGGCAGAUACCUCAAUUUCGCGUCGUCUCAUUCGUUGUGUCACAAAAAGGGCACCAUCAAAUGCUUAACCGACCGAGCAAUACUUUAG